AUGCCAUAUCUGGUAAGAUUUGCAAUUCUUCUCGCAGCAUUUUCUCGGAAUCUGCCCAGAUAUGAAGAUAUGGAUGAAGACGAGCAGAUGUUAUACAGAGCGGCGUACGAAACGCCAACUUACGACCAUUAUGAACACGAAGAAAACGAUAGUUCUAUGGCUAAAUUCGAUCUACUAAGAGACGUGGUAUGGGCGGUCAAUGCGAAGAAUAAAGAACUUAAAGCUUUUACCAAAGCUCUAGCUGCUAACUUGUUGUCUACCAAGCUCAAGCUAAAGGAACUGAUAGCAAGUGGCAUACUUGUUAAGAAACCUGUACACGUACAUGACCCACCAGAAAAGAAGAAACCUAGUUAUGAUUAUCAGACCGCACCGCAACAAUACGAGCCAUAUGCACCGCAACACACUCACAACCCCUACCAUGGAUAUUAAAGUCGAAUAUAUUUCGCAACAA